CUUCAACGGAUUGGGAUGCUGAGCACAAGGAGUUCGAACAUCUUUAAUUAUAAGAUCAUUUUCACUUCCAAAAACCAACUGGGAGAAUAUUUCAACACCCAAUCCUCGCUGAAUUUCACUCCUGCGCCCACUCUUCUGAACCGUUGCACCACAUCCAUCACAAAAAAAAGGAGCCGGGCAUAACCCUCGUCGCCAUGGGAAGCAUCACAGAGCCUUCACUCGACUAUGAAGUCAUCAUCAUUGGGGCUGGCUUUUCCGGAAUCUACUCUCUCAUCAAAAUGAGGGAGUUGGGGGUGCGGGUAAAGGUGAUCGAAGCAGGCAGUCAAGUGGGGGGCACAUGGUACUGGAAUCGUUAUCCCGGUGCUCGAUUCGACUCUGAAAGUGUUUCCUACGGUUUCUCUUUCUCCAAAGAACUUCUUGAUGAGUGGAAGUGGGAAGAGAGCUUCUCACCUCAGCCGGAGACCGAGAAAUACGCGAACUUCGUUUGCGACAAAUUCGACCUUCGUCGGGACAUUCAGCUUGACACUCGAAUCACCGCUGCUCAGUUUCACGCCAGCAGUCGGUCCUGGCAAUUAAUGAGCGAAGUUGGAGAGACUUUUACCUCGAGAUAUCUCAUCACGGCCAUGGGGCCAUUGACGCAGGCAACUUUGCCGAAUGUACCGGGCGUUCGUGAUUUCAAAGGCCAAGCGUUUCACACUUCCCGAUGGCCAGAUGAUUCUCCGGAUCUAUCCAACAAGAGAGUGGCAGUUAUUGGAACCGGGGCCACCGGAAUACAAACCAUCCAGACAAUCGCCAGCGAUGUUGGACACUUGGCUGUGUUUCAGCGGCAGCCUAAUUGGUCAAAACCGCUUCACAACACCAAAAUAUCUGAUGAAGAGAUGGCAAAGAUCCGACUACGUUACCCAGAGAUCUUCCAGCGGUGCAAAGAGACCUCAAACGCUUUCAUACACGGAAAUGGGGACACGAGAAAAACAGUAGAGGUUCCUAAGGAGGAACGCGAAGCAUUCUGGGAGAAACUCUAUGCAGAACCGGGCUUCGGAAUUGUCCUAUCCAAUUUCCAGGAUAUCCACAAAGAUAAAGAAGCAAACGGCCUUCUCAGUGAGUUCAUUGCAAAUAAGAUUCGGUCGCGAGUCCACGACCCUGCCAUUGCCGAGAAACUGAUUCCGAGAAACCACGGUGUUGGUACGAAAAGAUUACCGCUUGAAACGCAUUAUUUCGAGGUUUACAACCAACCAAAUGUCGAGUUGGUCGACCUUCGCGAUACUCCUCUUGAGUGCAUCACGGAAAAGGGAAUCCGGACCACGGAGAAAGAGCAUGAAUUUGACAUCAUCAUCUACGCCACUGGCUUCGAUGCCAUUACCGGAGCCUUUGAUGCCAUCAACUUCAUUGGCGUAAAUGGUACAAAACUGCGAGACAUGUGGAAGGAAGGCCCCAGAACAUAUCUCGGCAUAACGGUGCAGGAUUUCCCUAACAUGUUCAUGAUCAUGGGUCCACAUCAAGCCAUGGGGAACAUUCCAAGGAGCAUUGAGUAUGCUGUUGCAUGGGUAUCUUCUCUCAUCGCCUUCUGCCGCGAACGCGGUAUCACGUGGGUGGAGCCCACGCCAGAGCUUACGGAGGAGUGGUAUGAGCAUGUCAAUAAUUGUGCUGUUGGAUUGCUGGCCAACGAUGUUGACUCGUGGAUGACUGGCGUCAACAAGAAUGUGGCAACUCGGCAGAAGCGGAUCAUAAUGCGGUAUCAGGGCGGAAUUCUCGUUUUUAGAAAGUACUGUGAUAGGGUGGCGGCAAGUAAAUAUGCCGGCAUGAAGCUGUUGUAGAAGAGAUAAAUUGAUUUAUUAUGGAGUUAUACUGAGCG